CGGGUCGCGCCCGCGAAGCGGAAAUGCACGGCCGCGGGUUCCGGCUGCGGCGUCGGCGGCACAGGCGGCGGAAUGGAGGAGGUGCCUCAUGACUGUCCCGGGGCCGACAGCGCUCAGGCGGGCCGAGGGGCCUCAUGUCAGGGAUGCCCCAACCAGCGGCUGUGUGCUUCUGGAGCGGGCGCCACCCCGGACCCGGCCAUAGAGGAAAUCAAAGAGAAAAUGAAGACCGUGAAACACAAGAUCUUGGUGUUGUCUGGGAAAGGUGGUGUCGGGAAAAGCACAUUCAGCGCCCACUUGGCCCAUGGCCUCGCGGAGGAUGAAAACACGCAGGUUGCUCUCCUAGACAUCGACAUAUGUGGGCCGUCAAUUCCCAAGAUAAUGGGAUUGGAAGGCGAACAGGUUCACCAGAGUGGCUCAGGCUGGUCCCCUGUGUACGUGGACGAAAACCUGGGCGUGAUGUCUGUAGGCUUCCUGCUCAGCAGCCCCGAUGACGCCGUUAUCUGGAGGGGACCGAAGAAAAACGGCAUGAUCAAGCAGUUCCUCCGCGACGUGGACUGGGGAGAGGUCGACUACCUCAUCGUGGACACCCCGCCCGGGACGUCGGACGAGCACCUGUCGGUCGUCCAGUACCUGACCGCGGCUCGCAUCGACGGAGCCGUGAUAAUCACCACGCCUCAGGAGGUAUCGCUGCAGGAUGUGCGGAAAGAAAUCAGCUUCUGCCGCAAGGUGAAGCUGCCCGUCAUCGGGGUGGUGGAGAACAUGAGCGGCUUCAUCUGUCCCAACUGCAAGAAAGAAUCUCAGAUAUUCCCUCCCACGACCGGCGGCGCGGCAGCCAUGUGCCAGGACCUGAAGUUGCCUCUCCUGGGCAGAGUGCCCCUGGACCCACACAUAGGGAAGAGCUGUGACCAAGGCCAGUCCUUUCUGGCUGAAGCCCCAGACUCACCGGCCACCGUUGCCUACAGAAGCAUAAUUCAGAGAAUCCAAGAGUUUUGUAACCUCCAUCAGUCGAAAGAAGAGAACCUCAUCAGUUCCUGAGACAAGAGGGUGCUGGGAGCCCCAGCAGUCCCUGAGCUGAGGAGCUGGCGGGUGGCAGCGCGCAGGCAGGCCUGGCCACCUCGGGGCAGGUAGGGGUCGCAGGCAGCGAGGGACCAGACGCUGGUGUGGUUUGAAGUCACUUUCUUAGAGACACUUUAAUCAUCUAGUGUUUGUACACUUUUCUUUAGAACAUAUGUAAAGGGCAUUUUUUUUACAAACGUGCCAUUGUAAAAAUAAAAACGCCUCCUCGAACCU